AUGUCCAACCAUACCAGAGAAGAACUCAUCUACUUGGCCAAGAUCUCCGAAUAAACUGAAAGAUUCGAAGAUAUGCUUGAAAACAUGAAAUAGGUUGUUAAAAUUGAAUAAGAACUUUCCGUUGAAGAAAGAAACUUACUCUCUGUUGCUUAUAAGAACACCGUUGGUUCCAGAAGAACUGCCUGGAGAGCCAUCUCUUCCAUUGAACAAAAGGAAGAAUCUAAGGGUUCUAAGCACAUCAGCCUCCUUAAGGACUACAAGAAAAAGAUUGAAGGUGAACUCUCCAACUUCUGUAACGAUAUUCUUGAACUUUUGGACAACCACCUCAUUAGCAAGAGCAACUCUAACGAAGCUAAGGUCUUCUUCUUAAAGAUGAAGGGUGAUUACUACAGAUACAUCGCUGAAUACGCUUCUGGCAACACCCACGACGAAGCUGCCAACGGUGCCCUCCAAGCUUACAAGCAAGCUUCCGAUAUUGCCACCAAGGAAUUAAAUACCACUCACCCCAUCAGAUUAGGUUUGGCUCUUAACUUCUCCGUCUUCUACUACGAAGUUAUGAACGACCCCACCAAGGCCUGCAACUUAGCUAAGCAAGCUUUCGAUGAUGCCAUCGCUGACAUUGAACACAUCGAAGAAGACUAGUACAAGGAUGCCACCACCAUUAUGCAAUUAAUCAGAGAUAACCUCACCCUCUGGACCUCUGAACUCCAAAAUGACGACGAAGGUGGUGAUGCUCAAGUUGAAAACAUCUGA